AAAAUUCGGCAUUAUUCCACUUGUACGCGUUAUCUCCGAUCGUGUUGGGUGAAUUUUAUAAAGAUGAGAGUGCUUAUUGUUUUUACUGUAGCGGCAUUGGCCUGCGCUCAAGUUUACGCAGCGCCUCAGAUUCAUGUAGUUGACAAUAAUUACAAUGAUCCGUCUCAAGUUCAUGUAGUUGACAAUAAUUACAAUGAUCCGUCCCAAGUUCAUGUAGUUGACAAUAAUUACAAUGAUCCGUCCCAAGUUCAUGUAGUUGACAAUAAUUACAAUGAUCCGUCCCAAGUUCAUGUCGUCGACAAUAAUUACAAUGAUCCAACUCAGGUUCAUGUUGUGGACAAUAACAAUUACAAUCCUCACGAAAUACUUUUUCCAGGCCAAUACAGGCCACGAUCAGUCGUAGAAGACUCUGCUUUCUACCGGCCGACGCAAAAUGGUAACGGCGGUCACUUUGUAGAAGACUCGGCUUUUUACAGACCCACCUAUGGAGGUAAUCACCAAGGACCCAUCGAUCCUGGAUUCUACCGGCCUGGAAACCAAAAUAACUAUGAACCUAUCAGCAACGGCCCUGCCUUUGUUGAAGAUGGAAGAAAACAUUACGACAACCCCAACCUACGCAGUGGAAAAUGAAGAACACCUUUUCGAGAGAUCUAUUCACGUUAGAAGGCCGGAUUAGUUGUUUUAGUCUGUUUUAUGUAAUUAAUUUGUUAGAGUAGGUAUAAUACCUAUUUAAGCAGAAACAACUUUAGACAAAUACUUUACUCUCGUUCAUUUUUUUCCUUAAUAAACUAUCAGAUUGUAAAACCUAAAAA